GCCUAGGUCAGCCAUGUUUGCUCAUAGUGCGUAAGCCACAGAGUUAAGCGUGCCUUGUGAGUGUUUAAAUUCUAUUUUAUCCUCGUCACAGACCUUAUGUAUCGCUUGAUGUUAUAAAUCUUGUGAAUUUUAAGAAAGGCAUUGCGUGGAACACAAUAAAAUCUGUCUUAAGAUUCAAGUCUGACAAAAAGAAUUUUUGCACGUCGCGCUAACUAACUCAUAUUACACACGCGUACAUACGCAUUCGCACCCACACACACGCAUCAUUAUUCUCGAGAUCUUUUUGAGCGCGGAAAUAAAGAAAAUUAAAAAUAAAUAUGCUUCCCGCAGCGUUCAAUGUGAAUGCGCUUAGCUGACAAUAAGUCGCGUUGCAACUUCGAUGGAUUCUGAGCAGUCAGAGUGCGCGUUUGUUUUUGUUCUUUCGUCUGUGUGUCCUUGAUCGCAAGCAGUAGCCUUCGAAAGAGUUUUUAUAGCACGAGAUAAUCUAAAGAUUUUAUAUAUCUACAAUUCUUCAGUAUCUCUCAUCACCAUCAUGUCUGUGACAAAAUCGGAUCUCUUUGAGAAAGUUGUGUCCAAAGAUGCGGCAACAAAGAUCAUGUUUAUGGAGAAUGAGCAAUAUAUUACGCAACCUUUUCACAUUGAGGAAAAUUUGGUUGUAGGUGAAGAAAUAGUUGUUGGUGAAGAUAAUCAAACAGACAUAACAACUUACUUUGAGCAGAGUUUAGAAAACACAGAAAUAAUUGACGAAGAGUCUAUCAAAGAUGCCGCUUUGCCAAAUAAUAGUCAAGCACAGAAUACUAUGUUUUUUGAAGAUGUAUUAGAAAGCGGUGAUGAAAUGGAUAUAGAAGAAACUGUUGAAGAUUCUAUUGUAUUAUCAGAAAACUGUAUUGAUGGAAAACAGGAAGAUAGCGAAGAUAUACUGUCGGACAUCAUGAAGGUAGAGGAGGAUGAAAAUAGUGUGGUGCAAGAGAAAGAGCAAAAAGUGAUUCUCCUUAAUACUUCUGACGGAGAGCAAUUAUUUCUUUUCUACGAAUCACACUCAGAGAACGAGGAGACUGACGAGAACGACAUUGAGUCAAAUAAUUUACAUUUUGUAACGCAAGAGGAAGAGGAGGAGCUAGUGGACGACGAAACCACAGAUUCGGAACAAAAGACAGAUCAACUUGAUGAUAUUAUGCAUCUUGAGGAGUCGCUGUCAGAACUUCCUCACGAAAACAACUCCGAAGAAAUAAACGAGCAGAUGGACACUAAAAACGGUUUGAUCAUUGGAACGUGUAACAUUGAAUCUUUUUCGGAACGAAAAAACGAAGAUACCGAAAAAGAAGUUACCGAAGAUCAAACAGAUCAUUCGAAAGUAUCUCCUUCUUCUAUGACAUACUAUUUCCCCGGUGAUAUGUCUUACAAUGAGGUUUCGCAGUCAAUUUCGUUGUUGAAAUUGAAGAAUGAAAAUCGCGAAGAAGAUUCGAGCAAAUCAUCGCCAUCGGAGAUCAACAAGUCAGAUAAUCAACAAGUGGUCAACGAACAGACUGAUCUGUUAUCAUCAACGACUGCUUCAGAAGUGCCAGUAUCUACAACGGUCAGCGAUCAGGUCGAUCAGCGUCCGCAAGGUAGACGAAGACCGCGCAAACAGAAACUUCUUGAUCGGGGUGAUGAUGAAAUGGUUUUCGUACCGAAAUGGAAGGUGGAGGAAGAGGAACAGAGCGUGUACAAGAGGCGUAACAGACCGCGAGGUCGCAAGAAGUCACAUAUGGCCAAGCGCAAUAUACAAUUAGACAAACUGAGAAUGAAAAAGAGGAUGAGGGCGAAACGACGGAAGAUCGAGAUCAUCGACCUGACUGGCGACGACAACGACGAAGAUAAGGAAAACGAGAUUAUUACCGUAAAUUUGGCUAGCGAUGAUGAAAAAGAAGAAAAUGAAGAAAAGAAACCAGUCAAAAGGAGACGUAUCAGAAAAAGAAAAAGGUUUACGUGCAAACAAUGCUCAGAAACGUUCAUGAUGGUGACGGCACUAGCGCGUCACUUUAAGGCGACACAUCCACAAAAGAGAUCAAGACGAAGACGAACCAAUUAUUAUCAAAAAUCCAAGACGAAACCUUGAAAUAGGCCUUAAAAUAGAAAAACAAAAAAAGAGAAAAACUUCGACGAGAGGAAGAGGAUUUGGUGACUUCCCGGAGAUGAAAAAGAAUAUCGAGUGUCAUUGUGUUGAGCGGAAUGCGGAUAAAGUCGAAGUAUAAAUUUGUUCAAAGAGAAACACAAAUAAAAACUCUACGCGAAUUGCAAUUCGCAACGUGACACUGACAAAUUUGAUUCAGUAUUCUGUUUAUACAGCUACAUGUACAAGCGAAGUGUCACCCUUGCGAGAAGCUCAUCGAAUUCAAACCUCUGUUUUUGCAGUUGAAGGUGCAUAGAGAUAGUACAUAUCGCAGCUCGAUUAUUUGUCUCUGUGCACCUUCAUGUUCUCGCAAAUUCAUGUCUAGAAAAUUCUAUCUAGGAAAAUGUCUAAACUCUGUCACUCUGUGUGCAAGUAACUCAUUGUUGUAUUUAUAUAAACAUAAAUUAUUUAUGUCGUCAAUUAGUUUAUUUUUGUUAACUAGGUUUUUCUCAUCUAUAGAGAUUUGUUAAUUUUUUAAAUUGACUACGAUCGAAAACAUUUGUAAUUUUUAUUAAAAUAUGCAAAUUGCUACGCAGAUCUCUUUUUUUGUAAAUGUAACAAAAAUUUUACAGAGCUAUAAAAUACUAUUUAUUUAUGUUUGAGAAAAUCCAGAUUUGUUUUGCGCAACUUUGUAUAAAUGUAUCUUUUAUACACAUGUAUUGAAAAACAUUUUAGAAAAACCUCGGGAUAUUCUAUAUUUUUCAUAUACAAAUGUUGGUGUGACAACAGGAAACCAAAAACGUGCAAAUGCAAUAAAUAAAAUCUUAUUGUUAUCAUUCACAUAAAC